CGCGCCGUUGUUUGGCAUGGUUGCCUAACUGUUUUCGUGGAGUGCUAUCUGCUUGGCGCCAUUCGUGAAUUCAGAAAGGUUGUCUGUAAAGCGCUGCGCAGCACAUAUAAGCGGCGUUCUCGGCAUGCGCAUAAACGUGCGGAACAGCGACUUGACGAUCACCAGUGGAUUAUGCGUCAUCACUUGCCAACGUGAACAGCAUGGUCCCCGUGCUCGCCUACUGGGACGUGCGAGGCUUUGCCCAAGCCAUCCGCAACCUUCUCGUCCACGAGGGAGUCAAGUUCGAGGACAAGCGCUACCAGCACGGGUCGCCUCCGGAGUGCGGCCGCGGUGAAUGGCUCAAGGACAAGUUCGCGCUGGGACUCAAGUUUCCCAACUUGCCGUACUACAUCGACGACGACGUGAAGAUCACGCAGAGUGUGGCCAUUCUGCGGCAUCUCGGACGAAAGUACGACCUGAACGCCAGGAACAGCCUCGAAGCCACGGAACUCGACGUUCUCGAGCAGCAAGCUCAGGACCUGUGCCUCAUCCUCGCCUACGAGGCAGUUCCAAUGCCUCGGUACAGAGAAGGGCUCAAGUCAUACGCCGAGAACGUCAAGGACAUGCUCGAGCCUUGGGCCAAGCACCUAGCCGGACUGAAGUGGGUGCUCGGAGAUAGGCUCACCUACGUGGACUUCCUGCUGUACGAGGGGCUCGACUGGCACCGAGUGUUCAAACCGGACGCCGUGCAGCAAUACCCGGAGAUUGUCGAGUACCUCGAAAGAUUUGAGCAGCUAUCCAAGCUCAAAGAAUACUUCGCAUCGGACGAGUACAAGGAAUGGCCCAUUAUGGGGCCACUCCGGUCGUGGGGUUACAACAGAUGAACCCUGGUUUCAGAGUGAACCAGUUUAGUCCACAGUUGCUUUUUUAUUUUUUACAUGGGCCCACUAU